AUGGUCAAGAUACAUGAGAUCGAGCUCGAUGAUUUCUACGCCAUCAAGCGGCCGUACAAUGGCUCGGCCGAGACUGGGGGAGAUGCUCUGGUGCAGGACUUGAACGUGUGGUAUAAUACGGGCGAUAUUGCCUUUGUCAUCACAAGCACAGCCUUGAUGUUGCUCAUGAUACCGGGGAUCGGUUUGUUCUACUCAGGCCUCGCACGACGCAAGUCGGCCCUCUCGCUGAUGUUCCUCUCCAUCCUGGCGCUGGCCGUGACGACGGUGCAGUGGUUCGUGUGGGGCUACUCGCUGUCCUUCUCGCGGACGGCCAACGCCUUCAUCGGCGACCUGAGCAACGCCGGUUUCCAAAGCGUCCUGGCGCGUCCCUCCAUCGGGGGCGACAGCAUCCCGGACCUCCUCUUCGCCGUGUACGAGGGCAUGCUGUCGGCGCUGACGGUAACGCUGGCCGUCGGCGCCGCGGCAGAGAGGGGAAGGGUGCUGCCGGCCAUCGCCUUCAUGUUCGUCUGGGCGACGCUCGUCUACGACCCCAUCGCCUGCUGGACGUGGAACCCCGCCGGUUGGUCGUUCCGGAUGGGCGGGCUCGACUACGCCGGCGGAACGCCCGUGCACAUCGCCUCGGGCGCGGCGGCGUUGGCGUACUCGAUGAUGCUAGGUCCGAGGCGGGGCCAUGGCACGCACGAGCUGAAUUUCAGGCCACAUAAUGUCGCUCACAUCGUCAUCGGGACGGUGUUUUUGUGGUUCGGGUGGUUUGGGUUCAAUGCCGGGUCGACGCUCGCGGCGAACCUCCGCGCCGUUCUGGCUGUUGUCGUGACGCACCUGGCGGCGUGCGUCGGGGGGCUUACCUGGUGUCUUAUGGACUAUCGGGUGGAGCGGAAGUGGUCUGCCGUAGGAUUCUGCUCCGGGGUGGUCGCGGGGUUGGUGGCCAUCACUCCUGGGUCGGGCUACGUCCCCGUCUGGGCUGCAAUACCCUUUGGAAUCCUAGGAGCAUCAAGCGCCAACCUCGCCACCCGGCUCAAGUUCACCCUCGGCAUCGACGACGCGCUCGACAUAUUCGCCGUGCACGGAGUGGCCGGGUUCAUGGGCAACAUCUGCACGGCGCUCUUCGCCCUCAACCAGGUGGUCGCGCUAGACGGGCCCUCGGCCGGCAGCUCCCGUGACGGCAUCGCGGGCGGCUGGCUCAACGGCCACUGGAUCCAGAUCGCAUACCAGCUGGCGGGCUCCUUUGCGGGUCUGGCCUACUCCUUCAUCGUGAGCUGCGCCAUCCUGGCCGCCCUGGACCGCAUCCCGGGCUGCCGCCUGCGCGCGACUGACGAGGCCGAGGUCGCCGGCAUGGACGCGGCCGAGAUGGGCGAGUUUGCCUACAACUAUGUGGCGCUGACCCGCGAGCUGUUGCGGGUGCCGGGCGAGGAGAAUGGUGGAAGCGACGGGACAGCCGUCUGUGAUCCUUUCUCACGGCCGUCGGCCAUGGCAGCGAGACAUAGCCAGUGGUUCUCGGGCCGGCGGGAGCUGCUUCAGGCCGACGAUGGCGGGUACCAUGUGAAGCCGGCGAGGGCAAGGCUUGGUUCCGAGGGCACCAUCAUUAGUCGGUGUUGA